AUGAGCACAGAAAACGAUGAGAAGAGCUUGGCUCUCGGGGUCUCGAACAUGCUGUGGAGCGACAACGGCGACGACGACCUUAAGCUCACUCGCUCAUGCCCUUCAUUUCAGAGCAUAGAUGAUGGUUUCGACCCCGCGGAGGUCAAGCGGCUCACGCGCAAAGUCGACUUUCGAAUUGUCCCCAUCCUUUCGGCGAUGUACAGCAUCUCUUUGAUCGAUCGGAACAAUGUCUCUUUAGCACGGCAAGCAAACAACAUGGCUAUGCAGAACACCCUCGGCCUCGGUGUCGGCAUGCGCUUCAGCAUUAUCACGCUUGUGUUCUUCUUGACAUACAUCGUCUGUGAGCUGCCGUCGCAACUGGGUCUCAGACGUUUUGGUCCACGCUGGUGGCUGGGCACCGCAGUCCUCCUUUGGGGCAUCGUCAUGAUCACAAUGACCUUCGCGAGCUCCUGGAUCCACCUCGUUGUACAGCGCCUCCUACUCGGCAUGUUCGAGAGCUGCCUCCUUCCCGGCGCGGCAUAUCUCUUGGCUUGUUGGUAUCCUCGCCGCAACAUGGCGAGCCGCAAUGCGAUCUUCUUCACCGUGUCGUGCGUCAUGGCGGGCCUGGCGGGAAUCAUGACCUGGGGCUUCUCACAUCUCGAUGGCAAGCGCGGCCUCGCAGGUUGGCAAUGGAUCUUUCUCCUUUGUGGUGUCCUUACUAUUCUCGUGGCGAUCGCGACCUACCUUGGCAUCCAAGACUUCCCAGACCGAGCAACUUUCCUCACGAAAGAGGAACGGCACCUCAUCACGACUCGCAUUCAGCGCGACCGAGCUGAUGCGGACGCCGACAAGCUUGACAUGCACAAGGUCCUCCGUUACGUCAAGGACCCCAAAAUCUGGAUCUGGGGAUACUGCUUCUGCUGUGGGACCAUGGGCGGGUACUCACUUGCCUUCUUCCAGCCACGCAACGCCCUUUCCCAGAUCCUCAUCUGCCCGCCCCAAAUUUGGAUGAUGACUCAAACAAUCACCCUUGCCUUCAUCGCCGACAGGACUAAGUGGAGAUCCCAAGUCGUCAUCUUCAACGCCCUCGUCAUGAUCACCGGCACGAUGGUAUACUCGCAAUUACCGAAGAGUCAGAAGGGAGCCAGAUACUUUGGUGUCUUUGCGAACAUCAGAGCGCAGAGCAAGCGCGCAUUCACCUCCGCCGUCGUGAUUGCAUUCGGCGGCAUAGGUGGUAUCAUUGCCGCCGUUGCGUUCAAGGAAUCUGAGGCGACCAGGGGCUACCCCACGGGCAUCUGGCUCACUGUAGCAAUGAACGGUGUCAUGGUCUUCGCCGCGGCCGGCCUGAAGCUGUACAUGGUCCAGGCAAAUCGUCGCGCCAACCGAGGCUUGACGGUACUUGAAGGUCACGAGGGAUUCCGCUACCAGUAA